AUGUCACGAAUUUCAUUGUCUAUCUUUAUUUUCUUCUUCCUUUUUAGUUUAAUAGUAUGUUCACGUGCUAUAAACAAUGGUUUUAGUGUUGAACUAAUUCACCGUGAUUCUUAUAAGUCACCACUUUACAACCCUACACAAACUAUAUCUCAAAAAUCUCUCAAUUCUUUAUAUCGUUCUAUCAAUCGUGCCAAUUAUAUCAAUCAAAAAAAUUAUUUUUCUAAAUACAAACCUAAGUCCUCUUUGAUCUAUGAUGAGGGCGAAUAUCUAAUGAGUUAUUUUGUUGGUACCCCACCAUUUAAGGUCUAUGGUAUUUUGGAUUCAGGUAGUAACUUAAUUUGGAUUCAAUGCAAACCCUGUAUUAUAUGUUACAACCAAACUACUCCAAUUUUUAAUCCUUCAAAAUCUUCGAGUUAUAAAAAAAUUCCAUGUUCUUCUAGUAGAUGCAAAUCUAAGGAAGAAGAUAUUUCUUGUUCUAAAGAUAGAGAUUCUUGUGAAUAUACAUUAGAUUAUGGUCGUGAUGGAAAAACGCAAGGAGAUCUUAUUUUAGAGACAAUUACAUUAGAGUCCGCCGUCGGAUCCAUCAUAUCAUUUCCUGACAUUGUUAUGGGAUGUGGACACACUAAUCCUUUAUCAGAUAUCGGAAAAAGUUCAGGUGUAAUUGGCUUUGCAACCGGGCCUAUGUCACUUUUAAAACAAUUAGGAUCUUCCUUUCAUGAAAGAUUCUCAUAUUGUCUAAUUGAUUAUAGAAAUAUUAAUCAAUCUAGCAAACUCAAUUUUGGAGAUGCUGCUAUUGUUUCUGGCAAUAAUGUUGUUUCAACUCCUAUGGUCAAAAUGAUAGGAAACUACAAAUCCGACUAUUACUAUUUAAAUUUAAAAGCAAUUAGUGUCGGAGGUAAAAGAAUAAAGUAUAGUGGGUUUAAAAAUAAAGGAAUAAAUGCUUCUACUCAUAACAUCUUACUUGACUCUGGUACAACUAUAACUUUUGUUCCACGUCAUUUUUAUCAUAGGUUAGAAUCCGCCGUUAAAAAAGCGACUAAACUCCCGCGCUUUUACGAUGAUAGUGGUGAAUUUAACCUUUGUUAUAAUAUCACAUCCAAGAAACCAAAAUUUCCUGUAAUUGUUGCACAUUUUAGUGGCGGAGAUGUUAAAUUAGAUUCUAGGGGCACCUUUAGAUCUUUAUCUGAAGGGAUUGAAUGCUUUUCUUUUUUUCCACAUGAACGUGAUUUAGGCAUCUUUGGACACAGUAUGCAAGUGAACUAUUUGGUUGGUUAUGACCUAAAAAAUAAUAUUGUCUCGUUCAAACCAACGGAUUGUUCUAAGUAUUGA